AUGAGAAAAAAUUCAUCGUCGUCGGUGCCGCCGCUUCCACCCCCCAGCGACGCGCCGCUGUUGCCGGUGUUGCGGGAAAAGCUCCUUACGCUGCAAUCAUCGGAUACGGUGGCCACACCGCCCCUCUCACCGUCGCCACCACCGCCAUCGCUGUACUUUGAAAGUUCCUCCAUCUCAUCGCGCUCGUCGAUCGUCGAGCCGUUCGAUCUGAGCGUCUACUCGCUGUACCAGGUUUUCCAGGUAAAGAUAAAACGCACCGCACGCAGCUGGAUCGAGGCAAACUUUCAAAAGCGCGAGUGCAUCAAGUACAUACCGAGCCCGAAAAAUGAAGACAUAUGCUGCUGUGGUCAGGAACGGCGCACCCACCAGUUCGUGCCGGGCAUCGAUCCGGGCAUUUCGGGUGACAUUUGGCUGCCGCAGAAGCAUACCCGGUCGCAGGCUACCGAUGCGUACGGUACGAUCGAAUUCCAGGGAGGUGCUCACCCGACGAAGGCACAGUACGUUCGCCUAUCUUACGAUACGCGGCCCGAGCUCCUGGUGCAGCUGUUUACACGCGAAUGGAAUCUCGAGCUACCGAAGCUGCUCAUCACGGUCCAGGGUGGAAAGGCAAACUUUGAACUGCAGACCAAGUUAAAAAAGGUUCUGCGGAAGGGACUGCUGAAGGCGGCCAAAACGACGGGUGCAUGGAUAUUUACCGGAGGCACCAAUACCGGUGUAACCAAACAAGUCGGCGAUGCGCUACUCCUCGAGGGCCAACAGCGGUCCGGGCGCGUAGUGAGCAUCGGUAUCGCACCGUGGGGUAUAGUCGAGCGUAAUCACGAGCUUCUGGGGCACAACCGGGACGUUCCUUGCCACAGCAUCAGCUCGCCUCGAUCGAAGCUGGCAGUACUGAACAACAGGCACGCUUACUUUCUGCUGGUCGACAAUGGUUCCCAGGGGCGCUACGGCGCGGAACUGAUCCUGCGAAGGAAGCUGGAGAAAUACAUAUCGAAUCAGAAGCUGCAACCCUACAAGAUGCUGUCAUCUUUAAUGAAUUUUCACUACAAAGUUACUCACUCGAGCACCCCCGUAGUAUGCUUGGUAAUUGAGGGUGGUACAAACACAAUCAGAGCUGUGCUAGAGUACGUCACCGAUAACCCACCGGUACCGGUAGUAGUAUGUGAUGGGUCAGGCCGGGCAGCUGAUCUAAUAGCGUUUGUACAUAAAUACGCUUCGGACAACGGCGAGCAGGUUGCGCUGGACUCGAUGCACGAGUAUCUGCUCGGGAUAAUACAGAAAACAUUCGAGGUUAGUUCGGAGCAAGCGGAGCAGCUAUACCAGGAGCUUCUGCAGUGUACGAAGAACAAGAAUCUUAUAACGGUAUUUCGGAUACAGGAUCGACCGGAGGGCAACAUUCAGGAACUGGACCAAACGAUUUUAACUGCACUUUUUAAAUCACAGCACCUUAGUCCACCGGAGCAGCUCAGCCUGGCACUCACCUGGAACCGGGUCGAUAUUGCGCGCACGGAGAUCUUCGUCUACGGUCAGGAGUGGCCCCACGGUUCACUGGACGAAGCGAUGAUGCAGGCGCUCGAGCACGAUCGUAUCGAUUUCGUGAAGCUCCUGUUGGAGAAUGGCGUUUCGAUGCGAAAGUUCCUGACAAUACCGCGGCUCGAGGAACUGUACAACACCAAGCACGGGCCAGCUAACACGCUCGGGUACAUUUUGCGUGACGUACGGCCCCACAUCCCGAAGGGCUACGUCUACACGCUGCACGAUAUCGGCCUCGUGAUCAACAAGCUGAUGGGUGGUGCGUACCGGUCGUACUAUACGCGCCGGAAAUUUCGUCCCAUCUACGCGAAGGUGAUGAACAGCUAUGUCAACACGCAUCGGAAACCGUCCACCUUCCAGCGGUCGGCCGGUAUCAAUUCGAUGAGCCUGGUGACGGGACUGUUGCCGGUGACUACCGAUAUGGCGUUAUUUGAGUUUCCGUUCAACGAGCUGCUCAUCUGGGCGGUGCUAACCAAGCGCCAGCAGAUGGCGCUACUAAUGUGGACACACGGAGAGGAAGCACUGGCAAAGUCACUGGUCGCCUGCAAGCUGUACAAAGCGAUGGCGCACGAGGCAGCCGACGAUGAUCUGGACACGGAAAUCUACGAGGAAUUGCGCAGCUAUGCGAAAGAGUUCGAGAGCAAAGGGUUGAAGCUGUUGGACUUUUGCUAUCGGCAGGAUGCCGAGCGCGCCCAACGGUUGCUGACUUGCGAGUUGCAGUCCUGGUCCAGCCAGAGCUGUCUCUCGUUGGCCGUUGCCGCCAAUCACCGUACGAUCCUGGCACACCCUUGCAGUCAAAUCAUUUUGGCCGAUCUGUGGAUGGGAGGACUACGCACGAGGAAAAAUACCAACUUGAAGGUGAUACUGGGACUACUUGUGCCGCCGUUUAUUAAAAAGCUUGACUUCAAGUCGAAGGAAGAGCUGCAACAGAUGCCACAGACCGAAGAGGAACACCUUGAAAACCAGUAUUUGGACUACGAGGAUCGCGAGAAAAAGGAUCCCGACGCAGAGAAGGCCCUUUUAAACUCCACUCAAAGUACGAAACCAGCUAGCGAAAAUGCAACUCCACCACCACAGGCGCUUCUGUCCGAUACGUACUCAAUGAAAGAUACCAAAGUGCAGGAGAACGGAAAAGUAGGUCUGACCGGAUGCUUAGGCUCAAAAGUCUCGCUAACAGACUCAGAGAACACACAGUACAAGGACUAUAUGUACGACAACGAUGUGCGCCAGCAGCGACCCCUGAAGAUGAAGAAGAAAAUCUACGAGUUUUACACCGCACCGAUCACGAAAUUUUGGGCUGAUUCCAUGGCCUACGUGUUUUUCCUGGUCCUGUUCACGUACACCGUGCUGGUACGGAUGGAGGAAACACCGAGCUGGCAGGAGUGUUAUGCCAUCGCCUACAUCACCACGCUUGGUUGCGAGAAGAUACGGGAGAUAGUAUCGUCGGAGCCGGUGGCAAUAUCCCACAAAUUUUCCGUCUGGGCCUGGAACAUGUGGAAUCCGUGCGAUGCGGCGGCAAUCAUAUUUUUCCUGAUCGGACUAGCCCUAAGGCUUCGGCCGUAUACGAUGGACAUCGGUCGAGUUAUCUACUGCGUCGAUAGUAUCUAUUGGUACUUGCGGAUAUUGAACAUUUUAGGUGUAAACAAAUAUUUGGGACCACUGGUGACGAUGAUGGGCAAAAUGGUGAAGAACAUGAUUUACUUCGUGGUGCUUUUACUGGUGGUGUUGAUGAGCUUUGGUGUUAGUCGGCAAGCGAUACUCUUCCCGAACAAUGAUGCCAGUUGGCGUUUGGUGCGUGAGGUUUACUACCAGCCGUACUUCAUGUUGUACGGAGAGGUGUUUGCUGACGAUAUUGAUCCACCUUGUGGCGAAGACCCAUCCCAACCGCCGUGUGUUACGGGUCACUGGGUAACACCUAUCGCCAUGUCGAUGUAUCUGUUGAUUGCAAACAUUCUGCUAAUCAACCUGCUGAUUGCGGUGUUCAACAACAUCUUCAUUGAGGUAAAUGCCGUAUCACAUCAGGUGUGGAUGUUUCAGCGAUUCACGGUGGUGAUGGAGUACCAGCAGAAGCCCGUUCUGCCUCCGCCGUUGAUAGCACUGUGCCACUUCUACUCGCUGCUACGCUACGCGAUACGCAAAGCGAAGGGGUUACAGGAAUCGCGUGACAAUGGAUUGAAGCUGUUCCUCGAAAAGGAGGAUAUGGAACGAUUGUACGACUACGAGGAGGAAUGUGUCGAGGGUUACUUCCGCGAACAGGAGGUGCUGUUGCACCAGUCGACGGAUGAACGCAUUAAGAAUACGGACGAGCGGGUUGAACAUAUGGCACAGAAGAUCGAGGACAUCAACCAUAAGGAAAACGUACAGAGUACCGCGGUGCAGAACAUUGAGUUUCGAUUGCGCAAGGUCGAGGAGUCGGCCGACCAAAUUCUUGCCCAUCUAGCUGUGAUACAUCGGUUCAUGUCGGCGCACACACUCAUGCAGGAAAAUAUGCAGGGUUCGACGAGCAACGUGAGUGCAAACGUGGCGCUCGGCGGUAGCACCGCUGCCAUUAUGGCCGAUCAGCGGGCACGUACGAUCUCGGAGAGUGACAGCUUUAUCACUCCGGCACCUCCGGCACAGCGCAAGAAAUUUAACCGUUCACUGACGGAAGUACGGCCUGAUGCGUACAUUUUCGAUGACGGUAUGCACUUUGAGGUGCGAACUGUGCCGGAAGAGAAUGAAAAUGACCGCUCACCAGAACAGUUGUCUCAAGAUGUGGCUCGGGAUCGGAAAUUAUCGAUUCGCUCGGAAGACUCCGAACUGUUUCCGGGGAAUGCAAUGCAGAAAACACUUUCGCCAACAGAAUCUACCGGUGCCGCCAUCAAAUCGUCUCCACCGCCCGCUCCAUUACCCGCUCCACCUCCAUUUCUUAGCAUUCGACAGGAUACUGCUAGCACCGAGAGCAAAGACACUCUUACGCCCCUGGAAGGAGCGGACGAUAGGACACUUGUCGGUGACGAGCCCGUUGAUGAGUUGGUUGACGCUAAUUACGAAGGCCUCCGACAACGCACUGGUCGCCGCCGGAACUCAUCCAUGUGUGGACCGGGAACGAUUAGUGCAGGCACAUCGAGAGAUGCUCCCGGUAUAGUUGGCGCGAGUGGACGACGGAAUUCGGAGAGUGCAUCAGGUGGCGGGAUCGAUAUUAACAAAUCCCAAACGAGUCUCUACCAACUCAGUUUCGCGAAGCGACAGCAUAGCGUUACACAAUCGGAACCGGACAGUGGCAAUGAACAGCCUCCUAUUCAGCGGACGGUUCCAAAGGGACGACACUUACUGCUUCAAAUACACACCGAGUAUACAUCAAUUACGGAUGAGUUGGAGAGUGUUUGUCAUAUGAUUGCAUCUCCCACCAGUUCCUUAAGAGAAGACCGUAAGAAGAACGUGAAUGCGCUGACCAACCCAGAGUUUGCGGCCAUGAUCGAAAAGCAGCAUUUGAAGGAGUGCGAAGACAGCGACUACAUGAUGAUGGAAAAGUUGCUUCAAACACGCUGUUCGGUGGACGAUAGUGACGAUUUCUUCGAUGACUCUAUCGCUGACGAGCACGGACCGCGGAAGAUGCUUCGGCGCGAAACGGCCAUCGAACUGCCGGUGACUCCGUCGAAGUCGAACAUUGUCUCCCUGGCGGACAGCAGCCAGGGCAACGAGGACUACGCGCUGAAGAACGAACGUGGCCAGGUGCCUUCGAAUCGCAAUUCGAUGCGAUGCGAUUCGAAGAACUCUCCCCUUUCGCUGUCGAGCCAAAACUCGCCGCGUAACUCACAGUAUAUGCCGGCCACCUACCUAAACCCGUCCUCGUUCGAUGCUGCCAACCGUGCGUACAAAAAGUCGUGCGAAAGUCUGCAGAAAAACUCUAGCACCGACACGGAGUACUCGCUGCAGCCGUACCGGUUCAUCAAGCAGAGUUCGAACGAAACCAACAGUUCAUUCAACAUCGACAACUCCUCCCUGACAAACGAUCCUUCGAUCGACGGCGAAACGAGCCUCAAUUCGACCGUCAUCGAAAUGGUUUCAGGUACAGCAUCGACGAUCCCAGUGCCGGUGACGGGGGCGGCACCGGGAACGUCGACGGAUGUCGUAGGUUUCCAAAGUAAACGCACCUCAUCGUUUGGUAGUGGACCGCAGCCAACGGAACCGCGGCCCGGCUUUGUGCUUAAGAAGCAGUUCAGCAUAGAGAAAUCUGGGAGCGGCGGUGGUGAGCGCUCCGGGUCCAUUCCGGAGGGUUUAGAGCGUCUCGGCCCCACACCGCUGACGGUGCCGAGCAAACCGCCCCGCACGACCCGAUUCGCCGACAACCUAAGCGUGCUGGGAACGAAAAGUGUGCUGUCUUUGCUCAAGGAAAGUAGUUCCACCAGCACGGAAGAUACGUCGCACAACGAUCGGCGGGAUCCGGCCACCAUCCCGUGCAUCAGCACAAACCUGGUGCAGGACGAAAUAGCCAAACUAUCGUCCAACAUCAAAAGCAGCACGGACGAGGAUACUGAGCCGCCGAUCAAUGAAACUAUGUGCUGAUUUUAGUUGUGACCCUUCUUUAGUGGGGUGAAUGUUAGCGUUUUGUUACAGGUAUGGGGCGAUGAUUUUGGAGACAAGCGGUGGUUUCUCGAACACCAUCGCCUCUGAUAAUUGUUAAGAAAUCUCUCUCUGGCUAUCUGUCCCCGAUGAUUUGUGUUUGUACUUAAAGUUGUAAAUUUGUGGUGCAGUAAGAAGUAAAAUUUUAUUGAGAGCGAUGAUUGGUGAAUUUUAGCAAGUUAGAAAAUGAUUUUAUAGUCGAUCGUUCACUCGAUAUGCAAUUUCCUUAUGUUUAAUUUUUGCGUUAGUAAAUACAGACCCCCGGCAUAAUCGUUCACGCACUGUGUUAUUAAACGUCUUCACCAUUUCCCAAAACCGAUACCACAUAUCAAGCUGAUUUUCUGAUGAUCAAAGUAGACUCGUAGUGCGGAUAGUUACGGUAUUCAGUUGUAGCGGUGCUGUGUGGCAAGUGAAAGCCAAAAAUACGUUUACUGUUGCAAGGCGAAAAACCGAACCGUUUUGAUGAAAUAUUUUUUUUAGAAUAAUAAUUACGGUGUAGGCAUUAGAUAUCGUAACGGAAGGAAGGGCAAAAUAUCGAUCAGAAAAAGCUGUUGAAUGAAAACGGAAAACCGAGCUGCAGGUGGCACUUCAGAGUGAUUCAUAAAAUACAAUCAACGUUAGGUUUUAGAGUAAUGAAACGAUCGAACCUUGAACUUUUCGAACAGUUUGUUAAAGGAUAGCGAGUAGUGUAUUGCGACGAACAGCCAUUCGGAAUGGAAGGGAGAAUUGUCUCAUGUGUUGUUUGUUUUUAAGAUGGGCCCAUGCUGUUGUACGUUAAUGUUUUAUUCAAACUUUAAAUUGCUGUGUCUCCCAAAUUUACAUUUGCGCUUGCUUACGGCAGAGUUUUGCGCGAGUUUUGCGCUAGUUGUGCGCGAGUUGUGUGCCGCAAUGUUGUUGCAAUCAUUACUUCCUGCGUCGGGUGUUAUUGUGCAUUGGCUUUUGCGCCAAUGUCAAAACGAAAACGAGAUAGGCUGUCGUUACUUAGCUUUAUUGCAAUAUUGAUAACGUGCUCUUCACAUUCGGAUCCCUUCAAUGGUUUACGUCAGAUUUAAACUUUGGCUUACGCUUAACUUCAGCCAUUUUCUUUUCGAUGGAUGGCGAUAGAGAAUGCUUGAUGGUGGUGCCGUAGUGCAUUGUAGUACUUGCUAUAAUUCUUUUCCUAUUACCAAACAGACGACUCCCGGUGCUAGCGAUGACGCAUGGGGCAAAGAAUUUAAAGUUGUUGGAAUUAAUAAUAGAUGAGGUGCGAAUAAUUGACAUACUAGAACAGGAAUCGAUCGUUUAGCAAACCGUUGACGUAUGGGCUAAUUAAAAUUAAUCGACUAUAAGAUGACGCACAUUCUCCUUCUUGUCUACGUGAAUUGUACUAAAAUGUGACAAUAUUAUGGAAAUAACUAUAGCCCUGCGACAGUAGGCAGAUACGGUACCAGAGGCGGAGUACUUGUUGAACCGAUUACGGGAGAUAUCUGUUGAAACGAAAGAGUUGGUUGUGGUGUGGUUCGCAGAAUUUGUUGAUCGACAGUCAUUGUUUCGGAACAGUGUGAACAUCUUUGAAACAAUAAAUUUACCAGUG